CGAACGUCUGCGUGUAUAACAUAGUCAUCAAGUGCUGCUGCCGCGCUGGGAGGGUCGAUGAGGGGUUGAGGGUGCUUGAGUCGAUGCCCGUCAGGCCGAAUUUGGUCACCUACUCGACCUUGAUGGGCGGGUUGUGUAGGGAGGGGAGGGUGAAGGACGCGUUUAGGGUGUUCGAGGAAAUGAUUGAGAGGCGUAGGAUUGUGCCGGACCCGUUGACGUAUAACGUGCUUAUCGACGGGUUCUGUAGGCAGGGGAAGGGGUCGGAGAAGGGGAGGGAGAUUCUGGGGUUUAUGAGGAGGAACGGGUGUGAGCCGAACAAGUACAACUACUCGGCUUUGAUGAAUGGGUUUUGUAGGGAUGGGAGGGUCGAAGAGGCGAGGGGGGUGUUCGACGAAAUGAGGGAGAACGGUUUGGAGAUUGACGCGGUUGCGUAUACCGCGCUGAUCGGUUGCCUUUGCAGAGAGGGGAGAGUGGACGAGGGGAUCGAGUUGGUGAAGGAGAUGAAGGAGAAAGGAGUCAAAGCCGAUGUUGUCACCUACAAUGUUGUAAUUGAAGGGUUGUGCAAGGCAGAGAGGGUUGGGGAGGCGAUGCGGUUGUUGGAGAGGUUGCCAUUUGAGGGUGUGAGAUUGAAUGUCGCGAGCUAUAGGAUUGUUAUGAAUUGCCUUAUUGGGAAAAGGGAGAUUGAGAAGGCGAUGGGGUUGUUAGGGUUGAUGCUUGGGAGGGGAUUUAGGCCUCAUUUUGCAGCCUCGAAUCAGUUGUUGAUGGGGUUGUGUGAGAUCGGGAAGGUGGCUGACGCAACUGUUUCGUUGUAUGCUUUGGUUGAGACGGGGUUCUUGCCGGAGACUGGAUCAUGGGUGAGGUUGGUUGAGUCAGUAUGCAGAGAAAGAAAGCUUGAGAUUGCAUUUGAAUUGUUCGAUGACAUAAUCAACGUGGAAUAAACGUGUAAACUACCGCGAUUGUUUGGGACUCUCUGGUGCUUUAUUGAUGGGAUAUUUUCUCAUUGCUGCUUCAAACUUGUUGAUGGUUGGACUAUGCAAGAUCGAGACAAUGGAUUGACUUAUAUUUUGGCCGAGGACAUAAUCAUGUACUACUAUAUUGCCACUCGAUGGUUAUAGAUGGUUUGUGCCAGGGUUUGAUGCCUAUUUGGAGGGGAAUCAUGCGUCACUUUGUGCUUAAAUCAGAUACCAGCUAGAAAGCUGCUAGCCAAAAUUACUUCUCAAUACAGAACUUAGCUCAGUUCAAGUGAUAUCAUAUGCUAAAUUCAACUGAUAUCAUCCUUUUCUUAUUU